AUGAACCAGACGUCCCCAACAUCUCCAUUCACGAAAAGUAAAAGAACUCCAGAAAAAUGGGAAUUUUCCAAGGCAGUUCAAGAGCCCUCACCUGCAAGUGGCAGCCUUAAAACCCAGAAGCCUCACGAGCCGUUUCACCAUCCAUCACAUGACCUCAAGCCAAGAGAUGACAAGCUUCCCAAAGAGGGCAAGCAGGGCAAGCGGAAGAACAAGGAGAGAUACCUGGGAGAUGAUGGCGAUGGGAUCAGAGUCACCAAAGUGGACUGGCAGAGGUCGAGGAAUGGCGCUGCCCACCACACCCAGGAGUACCCCUGCCUUGAGCUGGUGGUUCGCAGGGGCCAAUUGUUCAGCCUCACGCUGGAGCUGAGUGCAGCCAUGGACAGCGAGGAGACGUUCAUCUUCACGGUGGAGACAGGACCAGAAGCUUCCGAGGCCCUCCACACCAAAGCUGUUUUCCAGACAUCGGAGCUGGAGAUGAGCGAUACCUGGACAGCAGCGAAGGACACUCAGACAGAGAACACCGUGACGGUCAGCCUUGCCAGCCCUCCCGACGCUGUCAUUGGUCGUUACCUGCUGAGCACCAGGGUGUCUUCUCGCUGCAAACACCGUGACCGGAAGCUGGGCGAGUUUAUUCUCCUUUUCAACCCAUGGUGCCCAGAGGACGACGUGUUUCUGGCUUCAGAGGAGGAGAGACAGGAGUACGUGCUCAAUGACAGUGGCAUCAUCUUCCGAGGCGUGGAGAAGCGCAUCCGAGCCCAGGGCUGGAACUACGGGCAGUUUGAAGAGGACAUCCUGAACAUCUGCCUCUCCAUCUUGGACCGAAGCCCCAGCCACCAAGACAGCCCAGCCACUGAUGUGUCCUGCCGCCAUGACCCCAUCUAUGUCACCAGGAUCAUCAGUGCCAUGGUGAACAGCAAUGAUGACCGGGGUGUGGUGCAAGGCCAGUGGCAGGGCAAAUACGGUGGUGGCACCAGCCCACUGCACUGGCGUGGCAGCGUGGCCACCCUGCAGAAGUGGUUCAAGGGCAGGUCCAAGCCAGUCAAGUACGGCCAGUGCUGGGUCUUCGCUGGAGUCUUAUGCACAGUCCUUAGGUGCUUGGGGAUCGCAACACGGGUCGUGUCCAACUUCAACUCGGCCCAUGACACAGACAGGAACCUGAGUGUGGACAAAUAUGUGGACUCCUUCGGGCGGACCCUAGAGGACCUGACUGAAGACAGCAUGUGGAAUUUCCACGUCUGGAAUGAGAGCUGGUUUGCCCGGAAGGAUCUAGGCCCCUCUUACAAUGGCUGGCAGGUUCUGGAUGCCACUCCCCAGGAGGAAAGCGAAGGUGUGUUCCGGUGCGGCCCAGCCUCGGUCACCGCCAUCCGUGAGGGCGACGUGCACUUGGCCCACGACGGCCCCUUCGUGUUUGCGGAGGUCAAUGCAGACUAUGUCACCUGGCUGUGGAAUGAGGAUGAGAGCCGGGAGCGCGUGUACUCAGACACCAAGAAGAUUGGAAGAUGCAUCAGCACCAAGGCAGUGGGCAGCGACUCCCGUGUGGACAUCACCAGCCUCUACAAAUAUCCGGAAGGGUCCCGGAAGGAGAGGCAGGGGGAUAGCAAGGCUGUGAAGAAGCUGUUUAGUGUGGAAGCCUCUGGAAGGAGGACCCGGCUCCGCAGGGCGGGGGGCCGUGGUCUCUGGCGUGAUGACCUCCUGGAGCCAGCCACCAAGCCCAGCAUUACCGGCAAGUUCAAGGUGCUAGAGCCACCCAUGCUGGGCCAGGACCUGAAGCUGGCCUUGUGCUUGGCCAACCUCACCUCCCGGGCCCAGCGCAUCCGAGUCAACCUGAGCGGGGCCACCAUCCUCUACACCCGCAAGCCGGUGGCAGAGAUCCUACACGAAUCCCAUGCAGUGAGGCUGGGGCCGCAAGAAGAGAAGAAGAUCCCAAUUAUGAUAUCUUAUUCUCAGUAUAAAGAAGACCUGACAGAAGAUAAGAAGAUCCUGUUGGCUGCCAUGUGCCUUGUCACCAAAGGAGAGAAGCUCCUGGUGGAGAAGGACAUUACUCUGGAGGAUUUCAUCAUCAUCAAGGUGCUGGGCCCAGCCGUGGUGGGAGUGGUAGUUGCGGUGGAAGUGACGGUGGUCAACCCUCUCUUGGAGAAAGUGAAGGACUGUGUGCUGAUAGUGGAGGGAAGCGGCCUUCUUCGAGGACAACUCAGCUUAGACGUGCCCAGCCUGGAGCCUCAGGAGAGGGCCUCGGUCCAGUUUGACAUCACCCCCUCCAAAAGUGGCCCAAGACAACUACAAGUAGACCUCGUCAGCUCCCACUUCCCGGACAUCAAGGGCUUCGUGGUCAUCCAUGUGGCCACAGCCAAGUGA